GAGAAAUGAUUGGGUAGCGAUGGAGGGAACCAGUAAGGAUAGCAUCGGCUACGAAGCACAGGCGGCGGCUCCCUUCGUGGAGAAGACGUAUGCGAUGGUGAACGAUCCAAGGACGGACUCGUUGAUCCUGUGGGGGAAGAAGAACAACAGCUUCCUGGUGCUCAGUCCCAACGAGUUCUCCCAGUUCCUGCUGCCUUACUAUUUCAGGCACAGUAACUUCUCCAGCUUCGUCCGCCAGCUGAACACCUACGGAUUCAGGAAGGUGGAUCCAGAUAGGUGGGAGUUCGCUCACCAGUCGUUCCUCAGGGACCAGAUUCACCUCCUUCCUCGCAUCAUUAGGCGGACCAAGAGAGCCCAUGCUGGCUUGUUUGCCUGUAGCAGCAGCAGCAGCAGCAGCAGCGAGAAGGAGAAGGGAGCCAUGGAAGGGGAGGUGGACGAGAUGCUCCUGCAGGAGCUCUUUAGGUUACGGCAGGAGCAGAGGGCCCUCGAAGAAGAGCUGCAGGUUAUGAGCAAGCGAUUAAAGGCUACCGAAAGGAGACCGCACCAGAUGAUGUCGUUCCUUGCUAAAAUGGCUGAUGACCCUCGAUCGCUCUCCAGGCUCGUAAUCUCCAAGCAGCAGCAGCAGCAGCAGCAGUCUUCCACAGCAGCGAAGAAGAGGCGUCUCAUUAUUUCUCCUCCUCCUCCUCCUCCUGCUGCUGCAACCCAGCUUGAUGAUGGACUCUUCCUGCCUUCCAUUCUGGUUCCAGGGAUUCAACAGACAAUGUUCGAGCCAUUAGAUCAUGGAAGUGAUCAGUUGAUAAUGGAGGAAGUGAAACCAUUUGCACUCAUUACCGAUGUUUCCGCCAUCAACAGCUACGAUGCUGAGCUUAUCGGUCCCAAUUCUGCAAGCGAAAUCAGCUUCCUCCCAGAAUUCGAACUGAGCAUGACGGGUUCAGAGACAGCGGCGGCGGAAGCCAACUUUCCAUUCUCACUACUCGGCCAUGGAUUCUACUAGUCAUUGUAAGCAAAAGACUACCCCAAACAGACGUUGCACCUGCAUCUUAAGAAGAUAUUGUUUACCAUUCA